AUGAAAACGUCGCGCGCGCAUCAGCAGCUGCUGCCGUCGGCGCCGCCCGCGCGGGCCCUGCGGUACCGCCGCAAAGUCCCACCACUGCCCACAGAGAAGCCGCAGGUCGAGGAGCCGCAGCCGCAGCUGCCGGGACGCGUCCCCGCGCCGUCGCCGCCCGCGUCGAAACAACAACUUACAGAGCUGCAGCUGCAGCAGACGCAGAAUGCUCAGCCACGUGCACGCGCGCAGGAGCUGCCCGAGAGCCGCCCGCGUCGGCGGUCGCCAGCCGAUCGCCGCUUCCGGUCCGAGUCACGUCGCUCGAAGCAGCCGCCGCUGCUGAAGCAGGUGCUGUGGAAAGCCAAAGCCAUGCAGCCCACCCCGGCGGCUCUGGCGCGGACACUGGUACAGCAGCAACGCGAGUGCACCAAAGAGGCAGAGCUGGUGCAGGAAGUGACAAAGGAGAAGCGCGUGGACGCAGCUGCUCGCGCCGUGUCGUCGACGUUUGUGGUCGGGCUGUCCAGUCAAGAGACGCAGAGCGGGUCGGAGGAUGAGACGAUCUUUCUGCCGUUUACGAGGGACGUGGUGCCAGCUGUGCGGACGUCGACUGCGUGGCAGGUGGGCAAGAGAGAGGAGAACGGCGGGGGAGGGCCGGACCGAGAGGACGCUGCUGGUCCCGUGACGCUGUCGGAGGAGGUGCUGGACGACGAGGGUGGACUCGACCAAGCAGCAGCGUCGACGCGCGUGACACAACGGCAGAAGUACAAGCUGAAGCAGAAACAGCGACGUGGCGCAGCAAAGGAGAAGAAACGGAUGCAACAUCAAAUGAAGCAGGGCCACGAGCAGCUGUAUGCUAGAGAAGACACGGGGUCGUCACUGGACGACGAGAACACAACGACAGACGCUGUUGAUUCGCCCACGACGAUGGACACGAGUGAGCCAGACGCGGCUGUAUGUCGCUCCGUGCUCGUAGAGGUGAAGGAAGUAGAGCCAUUUAUUGUAGUGGGCGACGUAGCUUGUCCGGUCGUGGCUGGUUCCGACGAAGAGCUUGGUGUUGCUACUGCUGCGCCGGACGAAGGCGAGUUGGACGAAGCAAGUGCUCAGGAGGAGACUGUACAGGGGUCUUGUCAGUCUAUGAUUGACGCGUUGGAUGAGAUACGGGUGGAGUGCCGCGAGAGUUUUGUGGUGGCGAAGUCGGGUUUCGAUGCGGCUUCGAGCUACGAUUUCUUCAAACACCGCUUUUGCGAAAUCCAGAGAGACACUGGCAUUGUGUACUACUGA